AUGGGCUGCUCGAAGCUGAUUGCACUAGUACUUGUCCCGGCUCUUGUAGCCGUCCAUGUCCAUGUCCCAAUGGCCAGCGCAGCCAACUCCAACCUGUUCCGGGACUACAUCGGCGCCAUCUUCAAUGGCGUCAAGUUCACCGACGUUCCCAUCAACCCGAGAGUCCGGUUUGACUUCAUCAUGGCCUUCGUCAUCGACUACACCACCGCCACGGAGCCGCCCACCCCGACCAACGGGCAGUUCAACAUCUUCUGGCAGAACUCGGUGCUGACGGCCUCCGCGGUGGCCGCCAUCAAGCAGAGCAACCCGAACGUGCGGGUGGCCAUCAGCCUCGGCGGCGCCACCGUGAACGACCGGCCGGUGUUCUUCAACAUCACCUCCGCGGACUCGUGGGUGCAGAACGCCGUGUCCUCCCUGACCAGCAUCGUCCAGGAGUACAACCUGGACGGCAUCGACAUCGACUACGAGCAGUUCCAGGCAGACCCGGCCACCUUCGCCGAGUGCAUCGGCCGCCUGGUGACCACGCUCAAGCGCAACGGCGUGAUCAAGUUCGCGUCCAUCGCGCCGUACGGCAACGCCGACGUGCAGCGCCAUUACCAGGCUCUGUGGGCGAGCUACGGGAGCGUCAUAGACUACGUCAACUUCCAGUUCUACGCCUACGGCGCCAGCACGACGGAGGCGCAGUACGUGGACUUCUUCAACCAGCAGCUCGUCAACUACCCUGGGGGCAACAUCCUGGCCAGCUUCACCACGGCGCCAACCACGACGUCGGUGCCCAUCAACACGUCGCUCAGCGCUUGCCAGACGCUGCAGUCGCAGGGCAAGCUGUACGGAAUCUUCAUCUGGGCGGCCGAUCAUUCCAGGAGCCAAGGAUUUAAGUACGACACACAAGCACAAGCGCUGCUCGCCAACGCUCCUGCUGGCUACUAG